CAAAAUCGUAAGCGUUUAAAGAAGUCUAGAAAAAUAAGGGUAAAGUGGGGCAUGAACGAAAAAUGUAAGCAAUGUUUCCGGAAAGACUUGUCUUCAAACUGUAAGCAACGUCUCCGGCAAGACUUGUUUUCGAACACGAUACCAUUAUUUGAUGUGGAUAACAUAUAUUUAUCGUCCCAACGUGUUUUGAAGCAAAAUCGUACACGUUUAAAAAAAUCAAGAAAAAUAAGGGUAAAUAAGGGCACGUACGAAAAAUAUAAACGUCUCCGAAAAGACUUGUAUUCAAACACGACACCAUUAUUUGAUGUGGAUAACAUAUAUUUAUUGCCCCAUUGUGUUUUGGCACAAAAUCUUACACGUUUAACAAAGUCGAGGAAAAUAAGGGUAAAUAGGGGCAUGUACGAAAAAUAUAAGCAACGUCUAAGACUU